GAGCACGAGUUGAAGAGGAAGUGGGCUGGCGCGCCGCUGUUUACGUAAUACUGCGGCGGCCGGACAGUUCCGCUGGCUCGUGUGUACUCUACGGGCCUCUUCGGUUGCCGCUUGUUUGGUUAGUGUACCUCACUCAAGCUCAUCUCUGUCGUCGGCUGCGGCCGGGCCGCCGACUGAACAUGGACACCACCGGCCAAGAUAUCAACCUGAAUUCUCCUAACAAAGGUCAGCUACCUGACUUCAUGAUUGAUGUCCCUGUUGACCCAGGUGUUGCUGCCCGGACUCCUGCUAUGGAGGGUCUGACGGAGGCAGAAGAGGAGGAGCUCAGGACAGAGCUCGCCAAGGUGGAAGAAGAAAUUGUCACCCUGCGCCAGGUCCUGGCAGCCAAGGAGAGGCACUGUGGAGAGCUGAAAAGGAGGCUGGGCCUGUCUGCCUUGGGCGAGCUGAAGCAGAACCUGUCUAAGAGUUGGCACGAUGUGCAGGUCUCUACUGCCUAUGUGAAAACUUCUGAGAAACUUGGAGAAUGGAAUGACAAAGUGACCCAGUCCGACCUCUACAAGAAGACCCAGGAAACUCUCUCUCAGGCAGGACAGAAGACCUCUGCUGCCUUGUCUACCAUGGGCUCUGCUAUCAGCAAGAAGCUUGGAGACAUGAGGGCUCAUCCGUUCUCACACUCCUUUAGUAGCAGCUACUCCAUCCGCCACUCGAUAAGUAUGCCGGUCAUGAGGAACUCUGCCACCUUCAAGUCAUUUGAAGACCGCAUGGGGACCAUAAAGUCUAAGGUUGUGGGUGGCAGAGAGAAUGGCAGUGACAGCCUCCCUUCCCCAGUGGGGAGUGCUGACCAGCCCCUGCCAGAUCAUGCACCCUUCUAAGCCUGUGAUAGUGUCACCAAGCCACGGAACACGAACGAGCACGCCGUCAUCACAACUGCGACUCUGCGCAAUGGAGCCACCUGCUGGUGCGAGUGAACAGUUGGUUUUGGUGACAAUCAUGCCUGUCCACGUGCGGAUGUGGCUGCUGCCUUUGCAAGAGUUAGAGAACAAUCCUGUAUAUAAAUGUUUUACACUAAAGUUCAUAGACAAAGCAGAUCACUGUGCUGUCCUUCCCAGGGCCACAGGAAAUGGACAGGGCGGAGAGUCUGGAGGGGUAACAGGCCAAAGCUCGUACCCCCGCCUUGGGAAUUUUGGUAGCUCCUAGAAAACUUGGAGGGAAGGAGACACAUUAUGAAUAUGAAACAGGCAACAUUUUCUGGCCUCCCCUCCUCUUUUCUGAACUCACUGAUGGCAUAUCCUCACCAACGAUGCACUGCCAGAUUUGUUUUUGUCCGGAGAUGGCAAAUGAGAGAACUGUCCAUUUUCUGAGACCUCAGAAAGAAAAUAUCAGCAGCCACCUAAUUGUUACACUAAUGACCUAGCUUUGACAAACAGAUUUACUAUUUUUUAAAUGCAGUGGACUUCUCAAGACUUAAAGUGGGCUGGGGAUUUGACUCAGU